AGGCAUAAUCUACAGGCAUGAUACCCCUGUUAUUGCAGUCGAAUUAUGAAUUAUCUUCCGUCCAAGCUUUUGGUCCCUCUGGCUGCUGAUUUAGCUAGUAGAUAUGGCUUAUGCAGGUGACAGAUAUUUGCCUUCUGUAGCAAAUUGCUACAACCCCGAGGCCCCAUGUCUAAGUAGUUCACAUACCGUAACGCUCAGACUUAGUAUAAGACUCGGACCUGUUUCCUCUUCUUAUCUCCUUUCUUCAUUCCUACUGUCAGCCGUUUAAGCCCCCUUGGUUCAGUCCGCAGGCUCAUUCUCUCGUGUUAUCGCAUAUCACACGACUAUGGUGAACACUAAACAGGCUCUCGCCUUUCUAGGCAGUGCCUCUUAUGCUAUAGCCCAGCCUUCAUACGUGUCUCAUCCUGAAAGAGCUGAUGCUGUCAAGGCGGCGUUCCAGCGUUCUUGGGAUGGCUACUACCAAUACGCGUUCCCUAACGAUACCUUGAGGCCUAUCUCAAAGACAUACCAAAAUGAUCGAAAUGGAUGGGGAGCCAGCGCGGUUGAUGCCAUCUCUACAGCUCUCGUAAUGGAAAACGGAGAUGUGAUCAACGCCAUUGUAGACCAUAUCCAGUCCAUCAACUUUAACGCCACUGCUCCCGGCUCGGAGAGUGUCUCUGUAUUUGAAACUACCAUCCGCUACUUAGGCGGUCUCCUCUCAGCAUACGAUUUUCUGAGUGGCCCUCUGAAACAGUACGCAAAGGACCAGGCUUCGGUUGACAAGAUUCUUCAGCAAGCAAUUAAUCUAGCUGAUAUUCUCAGCGUGACUUUCGAUACCCCAAGCGGAGUUCCCAUAAACACACUGAUCUACGGCUCAGACGGGUAUCACGUCGGUAGUGAUACUACUAACGGUAUUGCCACCAUUGGAACUUUGGUACUUGAGUGGACUCACUUAAGCGACAUCACGGGAGAUGAUAAAUACGCAAAGUUAACACAGGUCGCUGAGGACUACCUUCUCAACGUACGCAAUCCGGAUGUGGGCGAGCCGUAUCCUGGAUUGAUUGGAACCGAUGUCAAUAUCUCCGAUGGCACCUUCGCAGACUCCAGCGGUGGCUGGAAUGGCGGCACGGAUUCAUUUUACGAGUAUCUCAUCAAGAUGUAUGUCUACGACCAAGACCGUUUCGGCGUUUACAAGGACCGAUGGAUUGCCGCCGUCGACUCGAGCAUCCAGUAUCUAGCAUCUAACCCGACCAGUCGCCCCGAUUUGACAUUCCUUGCCGCCUACAGUGGAUAUGACCAGCUUGACUUCGUGUCAACUCAUCUUGCGUGCUUCGACGGAGGCAGCUUCAUUCUCGGUGGCUUGACCCUCGACAAUGAUAAGUACACCAAAUUCGGACUCGACCUUGUGAAUGCGUGUCACGAAACCUACCUCGCGACCGUCACCGGUAUUGGACCGGAGGUUUUCUACUGGCAAGACAGCAAUGUAGCAACCAAUGCUAGCAAUAACGGCCCGCCCCCGCAGGAUUCCGCCAGCUUUUAUGAGACUGCUGGCUUCUGGAUCCCAUCCGGCGGCGGGGAUUACGUGCUGCGGCCCGAGGUCAUCGAAAGCUUCUACUACGCGUACCGCGCGACCGGAGACACCAAGUACCAGGACUGGGCUUGGGAGGCGUUCCAGAACAUCAAUAAGACAUGCAGCGCGGGUGUGGGAUACAGCUCUAUCCAGAACGUGAAUGUCGAAGGCGGUGGUGGAUUCGACGAUUUCCAGGAGAGCUUCUGGUUCGCCGAGGUCCUGAAGUACAGCUACUUGAUCCAGGCCGACGACGCGGCGUGGCAGGUCAAUGCUGGUCACGACAACACGUGGGUUUUCAACACGGAGGCGCACCCUUUCCUGGUUAAGGGCCAACCAAUCUAGAUUCGCAUAUAGAAGUGAGCAGACUAAGAAGCAUGUGCAUUUUUGAGUAGCAGUCAGGGGUUAAUUAAUCUUGCAUUGGGUCGGCGUUGGUUAAUCAAUUCGUUUGUAUAUAUUUGGGAGUACUGUCGAGGCGUAUAUUUGUUAGGCAUUAUACCAUCUAGUUUUGAAUGCCUUGUGCGGCUGAAUACUAUAUCCUCUCGACGUCGUGUUACUAGACUCCGUAUUAUUUAGUCCAUAGCGAUGAAUCGAUACCAGCCAUACCAGCUCUCAAGUUUGAAUUAUAGUAUCAUGUAUAGAGACACAGAAAAC